UACGAGCGAACCGAUCUUUUCCUGCAAGAAAGGAAAAAGAAUCAAAGGAAUGGAAGCGAAAAAUGGCAAAUCCGGUCCUACAACCGCAAUCUCCGUCGCGUCGUCGGGCGGUGGGGGAGCAAGUGUUACGGCGACGAUGAAGAAUGGGGUGAAAGAAAACCCGAACGGUCCCCGGGUGGUCACCAUCUACAAGACAGAAACCGGUUUUGGGUUUAACGUUCGUGGACAAGUCAGCGAGGGCGGGCAGCUGAGAUCAAUCAACGGCGAGCUUUAUGCACCACUGCAACACGUCAGUGCUGUUUUGGAUAACGGGGCAGCGGAACAGGCUGGCAUUAAGAAAGGCGACCGUAUUCUGGAAGUCAAUCAUGUAAACGUAGAAGGGGCUACGCAUAAGCAAGUGGUAGAUCUCAUCAAAUCUGGAGGAGACACUUUAACGUUGACCGUCAUUUCUGUCACACAGCAGGAAGCGGAACGUCUUGAACCUACAGAAGAUCCAGGUGGAUAUUCGUACAUCGACUAUUCGGAGAAGCGUAGCCUGCCUAUCAGUAUUCCGGAUUACAAUAUCAUACACCGUGGGAAUGAACGAUAUGUUGUUUUCAACAUCCAUAUGGCUGGUCGGCAGCUAUGCUCACGCCGGUACCGCGAAUUCUCCAACUUGCAUCAGCAGUUAAAAAAGGAAUUCUCUGGCUUCAGCUUUCCAAAAAUGCCCGGCAAAUGGCCGUUCCAGCUAAACGAACAGCAACUGGACGCUCGUCGGCGCGGGCUGGAGCAAUAUUUGGAAAAAGUGUGCGCAGUCCGUGUGAUUGCGGAAAGCGACGCAGUGCAGGAAUUUCUCACGGACACGGUGGAUGACCUGGCAGCGUCGCCGGUCGACAUUAAGAUCAUGCUACCGGACCAUGCUGUUGUGACGGUGUCGGUACGCAAGUCAGCGAAUGCACAGCUCGUAUGGGAACAGCUAGUCCAGCGAGCCAAUCUGACCUCGUACACUCAGCAAUAUUUUUACUUGUUUGAAAUCGUCGAGUACAACUUCGAGCGUAAGUUGCAACCACAUGAAAUCCCUCAUCAACUGUACGUGCAAAACUAUAGUACGGCUUCCAGCACGUGUCUGUGCGUGCGGCGCUGGCUGUUUUCUAUCGAGCGAGAAAUUUCGCUUCCUGUUGGCGAGCAAGCAGCCAAGUUCAUUUUCUACCAGGCUGUCGACGAAGUUAAUCGUAGCAAUAUACGGGCAGACGGACGUUUGUAUGAGCUAAAAGCUCUCCAAGAUUCGAAAAAGGCUGACGAAUAUCUAUCACUGGCUCGCACGCUACCCGGGUACGGCGAUAUCGUGUUUCCACAUUGUGCGUGCGACAGUCGCAAAGAAGGCCAUGUCGUACCGGCAAUCGGUAUGAAAAGCUUUCGCCUGCACGCUUGCAGAGAAGAUGGUUCCUUCGAGGCACAAACGGUCGAGCUUCAGUGGGCGACCAUUUCUCGCUGGGAGAGCGAUGAGGAAUCGAUGGCGUUUUGCUUUCAGUACAGUCGCUCGGACAAACCGCCACGAUGGGUCAAAGUGUUUACGCCAUAUCAUGCAUUUUUGGCUGACUGUUUCGACCGGAUAAUGGAGGAACGAGCAUGGGAUGACACGGGCGAGUAAGGGAGCAUUUGAUAGGCG